AUGUCGGUUAAAUCUGUUAAAGUUAGCAAUCUUUCACUAGGUGCUUCUGAGCGAGAUGUAAGGGAGUUCUUCUCCUUUUCUGGAGAUAUUGUAUAUGUUGAGACAAAAAGUGAUACCGAGCGCUCCCAAAUUGCAUAUGUCACCUUCACAGAUUCUCAAGGAGCUGAAACCGCUGUUCUUCUUUCUGGUGCAACAAUAGUCGAUACAACUGUCACUGUAACUCUAGACCCAGAAUACCAGCUUCCACCUGCUGCAACUGCUGCUUCUCCACCAUAUGGAAGCAAUGCUCCUGUUAGAACCGAUUCUGCUUUACGAAAAGCCGAAGAUGUUGUCACCAGCAUGUUUGCAAAGGGUUUCGUGUUGGGUAAAGAUGCUGUUGGAAAAGCAAAAACCUUUGAUGAGAAACACGGUUUGACAUCUACAGCAUCUGCUAAAGUAGCCUCAUUGGACAAGAAGAUUGGGUUCACUGAGAAAGUGAAUGUUGGGACUUCUAUUGUGAGUGAUAAAGUGAAGGAAGUUGAUCAGAAGCUUCAGGUUUCUGAGAAGGCUAAAUCAGCCUUCACAGCUGCUGAGAACACAGUAACUAAUGCUGGAUCUGCUAUAAUGAAGAACAGGUAUGUGUUUACUAGUGCUUCAUGGGUGACUGGUGCUUUUAAUAAAGUGGCAAAAGCUGCUGGGGAAGUAGGGCAGCAGACUAAAGAGAAAGUAGAAAAGGCUGAAGAUGAGAAAAGAAAAAAAAUGGUGGAUGAUUAUGCUGAGGUUCAUUUGUCUGAGUCACCAACUGCUCCGGAUGUGAGUGAACAGCAGCAUCAUCCUUCAAAGCCUGCACCUGUGACAGGUUUGGUUCUGUAGGUGCCCGUUUUAUAUAUACAUAUUUUUAUUGGGAAUUGGGAAUUGGAUUUUGUAUGGGAAAUCGAGUGUUUCACCCAUUGUCGUGUGGUGAUGAUACAACUUUUACAUCAUUAGAUUGUUGCGAGACUUCAUUUUUAUAUCAUCAUUCGUCGUGAAUUUGAAUAUAUCUAAAUUUGAAACAGUUUGGUGAUUAAAGUUUUUUUAGCU